AUGGUGAAGGCAGCAGCAAGGGUCCGCUAUGAGCCUGGACCGGCUUUUGAGGAGGUCAAAGAAGAAGCCAUGCUUGACAUAUCACCAACAGACUCGACAGAGUUUUGGUUAAUUCAGUGGCCUAAAGACCAGUUAGAUGUUUUGGAUUUUCAUGGCAAAGAGCUUUCUCUCAAGCUGAAUAGUGAUGGAAACUUGGGCAGCUUGGAAAGUUCCUCAGGGAAAUCUUAUGAGCUUGUGAGCUUUGCAGCUCAGAAACCAGAUGCAACUGUCUUCCUGCCUUCAGGGUCAGAAACAAAACCUGUGGGGAAGAUUUCACGGCGAGUCUCCUUAGUUCAUUAUCCUAAACCUGAGGAAUUGGCUAAACCAAGUUUUGGGAGUCUUACUCCUAGCAGUAAGAAAUCUGCAGGUUCUAAGAAGACCAUGUCUCGGUUCAUUAGUGCAUCAAAGAACCGCAGUAGCCAAGGUUCGGCGCUUUCACUGGGCCAAAGGAGUGCAGAGCCGACACCCAAACACAAGGGGAAGAGAAAGGAUGAAAGCAGCCUGGGGCACUCAAAUGUAUCAGGCAAGGCCUCACAAGGAUCUCAAGCUGGAGGCGCGGGGAGCAACAUGGCCUCAGAGAUGCCACAAUCGCCAUCAGAAAAAUCACAGAAGAAGAGGAAGAAGGUUAAGAUCGUGGAGUAG